AUGCCUGAAGGACGUUGCAACUACGCAAGCCUCAAAGUUCCGAUCACAAAGAUGCCCAAGGCUGGAAAAUGCCGCUGCGCAGGUUCGGCGCCCGGCUUAAUCGUGUACAUGUUCGACAAAUCCGAAGUCUCAAUCAAUGACUCCAAGGGUGCGCUCAAGAGUUACAAGGACAGCGACAUCACUUCCGGAAACACGAUUAUUCGUCAGUUCUGCAGUAACUGUGGAUGAUAAGUUGAGCAGGUGGAGUAUAUUAAGAAGGACAUGAGGCCAAUUCAUGCAAAGUCCGGUUGCAUCGUUGCUGUCUGAGGAUUCACCGAAGGUUAUCUUGAAGGGUGGUUGUUUGACCAUCUUCCGAGGUUGGGAUAAUGACUUCUCCUCAGAAUCAACCGGAGUGGCUUCAUAUCCUGGAGGCAUAAGGUUGUGAUGAUUACUUUGAAAGGACAAGGUUCGGAGCUUAUGUACAUGAGCAAGACUUACGUUUGCAUAUCACAAAGAUGAUCUCGUAAUCCGUUGUCCCGUAAUCGCAGGAAGAGACGCAGACAAAAUAAC